CACAAACACGUUCGUGUGGAUCUCGCUGCAUUACAAACUCGGGUGGGGCUUUUUAAUUUUAUUUCCACACGGAGCCACCGUUGAAAAGGCGCCAGGCUGCUCUCGCUGUUCUUAUUUCGCCGCUGUGAUCGUCGGUAAUGUUCCGCUGCGGGAUCGCUUACCCCCGGUGCAGGUGGAUCGUUCCCCUGCUGCUGCUCUUCGCCAUUAUUUUUGACCUGAUCGCCAUCGCGGUCACCUCGGGCUGGGUGGAGGACGAGGACGCCAAGUCCCACUACGCCAGUAUGUGGGAGGAAUGCCGAGGCAGGAACAACGACUGGCAGUGCAGGUCGCUUAUGACCAACCCUUGGGCCCAGGCCGUAGCUGCUCUGAUGAUCAUCGGCCUUCUCAUCCUCAUUGUUGCCUUCAUCAUCUCCUGUGUGGCUCUGUGCUGCACACUCAACGUUUCCCUUCUGCCCAUCGUCGGAGUGCUGUGUAUCAUUGUUGUCAUUAUACAGUUCAUUGCCCUGAUCAUCUAUCCAGUCAAAUUCAACGAGACGAUCUUUGAGGGCAACUAUUACUACACCUGGGCCUAUGGAUUUGGUUGGGGCGCCACCAUCCUCACCAUCGGCUGUGCCAUCCUCUUCUGCUGCUUGCCGCGCUAUGAGGAUGAGCUGUCCGGCCUGGCCAAGACCAAAUACAUCUACACUUCUUCCUAGAGACACAGUGACCCAGCCACCCAGUUGUUGUCAGGUUUCACUCUGAGCUGGACCUGCUGGACACACUGAACAUUCUUUGUACACUACAUCAAAACCCAGGGUGGCUCAUUUCACUCAAUUUAGGUCUGUCAGUGGAAAGAGUGUAUUCUGGAAGUGGACUGUGCUUGAUCAUCUGAACAGUUUUAACAUUAAGAUUCUAACAAAUCCAAUCCAAAACCACCCAAGUGCACUUAACAUAAAGGAUGUUGUUAGAGCUGACAUAGGACCUUAGGGCUCAUUCAUCUCGAUUCCAGUGUAGAAUGCAAGUGCAAACUAAGAGUUUUUCAAGGUGGGAAAAUGAAAUCCUGAAUCAACAUUUCAUUUUUGGCCCACAUGCUCAUGACUUUAUGCAUUUCUCCAAAAUGUCAUUUUUUUAUUCUGUUUUUUAUUGUGCAGAAGGUAAGAGGGAAUGAAAGGCAUAGAUUCAAAAACAAAUAUACUCUGGAAAAAAUGGAAAAGUGCAUAACAGUUGUAUUUAUAUAUUUUUGCACCAUGUUAUGCAUUUUUUUAAACGUUGUUUGUUGUCUGAAUUUAGCAUUGAGUGUUCUUAGUCACCAAAGGGAAAAACCGGGAAGGGGGCGGUUUUGUGCUAUUUUGGUAUCUGUUUAAUACACUAAUAACACUCUUCACGGGUCGGCGUUUGAAUUUUCUUACAUAGCAAGGUUGUUUUUUCUGUCUCCAUAAAAUAGAAAUGUUUUCAUUGAGGCAAAUUAUUAUGUCUAUUGUAGAUAGUAUUUUACUGUAGGAUUCUUCUAAAAGGAACAUUUAGAUUACAAAUGUUCAGGAGUGGCUGAAUAAAAAAAAAAAAAAAAAAAUCCCCAACAAUCUUGAGAAUAUUGCAACAGAUUUUUGGCAGGAGAAACUGAUCUGAAAUUGUAGGUUUAAUGCUUAUUUUGUUUAAGGGGGAACAAUAUUACCUGAAUUUUUAGUCUGGUCAUUUUGUGUAUUAGCAGUUUUUUUUUGUUUUUUGUUUUUACACCAAACUGGCGGAGAUGGUUUCAUAUUAUAGAAUUUUGCUAAUAGAGUAUAAAUUGGUGUAACUGCUAAUCUUAAUUGCUGUUAAAAUCUAUUUUUUAUGGAAAUACUUAAAGGUGAAAAAAGUUGUAGUCUUUCAUUGACCAUGUUGUAUCGUGGAACAAAACUUUUGCAGUGUAUUACACUAAUCAGAUUAAUUUUUUAUUACUGUACGCUGUUUGACACAGUCAAGAUGUUCAGACUUUAAAUGUAUGUAAAGUGUGCCUUAGUGUCUUCAGUGUUGCAUUGUUGGAUCUUUGGCUGUCAAAUUAAACUCACCUGCCUGGUUUCACUGAGUCAUAAUUCCUCUUUAACAUUGUCAUUAGAUAAAUGUAUUUCGUGUGAAGGCUGAAUUCAUGCCCAAACACGCCCACAUUUUAAUUAUGCCAAAGACUUUUAAGGGAAAACUGAUCUUUGCCUGGGAGAGUAACUACGUAAUUUGUGUAGAAAUAAAAAAUACCGUUACUGAUUUAUCACACCACUCUGUUUGUUGCCAAACAAAAAGGUGGUGCAUUUCAAAAGCUUCAACACUAAAAGUAUGACUCUUGAGGAACUGGGAUUUAGGUUGUGACAGGCCAGAUUCCAACAUGUUCACACUUGACAAAAAAACAUGAAUGGGGCCUUAUUUAAAGUUAAGUUAAAACACCAGUUUUAACAGCACAACACUGGUUAUUUUAUCCUUAUUUACUGUAUUCAUCCACUGCUGUUAACGGCUGUUUGUUGUUCUGCAAUUGUAUGAACUGCUAAUGUUUGGUAGAUUGUGUAUUUUUGCAAUAAAGAGUUUUGAUUUCAAUAAGGUA